AUGGCAACCCGUUCCCGGAGCUCCGCUUGUCCCUUGUCCCCUCUCGAUCAAGGAGAGCUGGGACCCACUCUUCCGGCAACCGCCGUUGAGUCAUCAAGCCUUGAACCCAAGGUCUACGGGGAAAUCUCCCUUGGACAAGCAAUCUCCCUUAUCCUGGGAUUGCAAAAUCAAAUCCUCCAACUUGAGCGGGAACUCGAAGAAACAAAAGAAGCAACAAAGGAAGCCCGAGACUGGAUGGGCGCAGUCAACCAAGCCCUCACUCGCAUUGAGGCUAGGGGUGGAGCCCCCCACACACCAGAAGACCGGAAACCUCCAGCAAUCAAGGCCACGCCCAGGCCCCUACCCAAAACCAACACUUUUCCAGCGCCUAGUGCGCCCCUCGUUGCCUGGGCCGCCCCCUCCAAAGCUCCCCCCGCCUUCGCCUAUCCAACUCCCGUCCGGGCCCCCCCGCGAGUCCAUACUCCCCCUCCACCUUUGCCUAUCCAACUCCGUUCCCCCCAACUCCCAGCGGCCCCUGUAGCUGCUUAUUCAACCCCAGUCAAGGUAGACCACCCUGACGCCUACACUGGGAAAAUUGGGAACGAAGCCCGCCAAUGGCUUACGCAAAUGUUGGCAUGGGUACGUCUGAACCAACGGAUGUUCCCAACCAAUCAGGAGGUCCUGUCAUUCCUCCUGAUGAAUAUGAAGGACGUAGCAGGAGCCUGGGCUCACCCCCAUCUUGACCAACUAGGGUCCCACAGGGCCUUAAUUCAAUUGGUCGACGACUUCAGGACGGAGUUCUUGGCUGCAUUUGGCAACCCGGAUGCUACGCAAGCCGCUGAGCGGCAAAUCACCCACCUUACUCAGACAGGCACCUGUGCUGAGUACAUUACAAAGUUCAGGACCAUUGCCAUGGACCUGGACUGGAAUGACGCCGCCCUUUGUGGGCAAUUUGCACGUGGCCUCCACUGGGAGGUCAGCCGUCUCAUUGCCACUUGA